CACCGCAUCACUCUCGAAAUACACCCCCAGCAUCCCGCUGCCCAGCGCUGAUGCAAGUCGCGAAAACAGAAGCAGUUCUUUCGAGUGGUCGGGUCCCGUGUGUGUAUUUAUUUUGAAUUAAUUUUGCAAACUGCACCCAUUUUAUGUGCCGCGUCAAGUGCUUCCUUCCGUAGUGUGAAUUGUUUCGUAACGGGUUUCCGGCUUGAGUAAUCGACGUAAGGAAACUUCAGGCUGUAGAAUGUCGUCGUCACCUUUCCGCUACACGCACGCAAUCACCUGCAGAAUUCCGCUCUCAUUGCGCACCCGGGGCGAAAUCGAUCUGGAGGAGGCCAAACUGCAACAUGAGGCCUACGUACGAUUGUUGCGCGAUUUGGGAUUGGACGUGCUCGAGCUGCCACCAGAUGAGAAUCUGCCCGAGUGUCCCUUCGUCGAGGACUGUGCCGUCGUGUGCAACGGAAUCGCGCUGAUUUGCCGACCGGGCGAUCCCAACAGGGUGAAGGAGGUUGAUGCCAUCCGGUCCGUGCUGCGGAAGGAGCUCGAUUUGCCGCUGGCGGAAAUCGCCGAUCCGAAUGCGCGGUUAGACGGUGGCGAUGUGCUUUUUACCGGGCGGGAAUUUUUUGUUGGACUCAGCAAGUGGACCAACGAGGCGGGAGCGCGAGCUGUGGCGUCCGCCUUUCCCGAAUAUCCGUGCGUUCCGAUUAAGGUAGAAGACGUAAAUAUCACUGCAAGUCCGAUCACUUUGGAAUUAGUCAAUGGAGUGAUUCAGGUGGUCGAACAUCACCACCUCAAGUACUACGUCUCGAUGGCGGGGGCGGACGUGCUGUGUGUCAGCCGGGGCAAGGAAUCGCAGGAGAUUCUGAAGCGUAUCGAGCGCGAGGCCACCUACACGUACAGCACGCUCACGCUGCAGGAGGAACAGGCCGCGAACGUGCUGUACGCGAACGGGACGCUCAUCCACCGGUCCGUCGAGGAGAUUCCCGAGUCGGCAGCGAUUCUUUCCCAGAAACUUGACAUUCCCCGGCAGAUCGUUCCGAUGACCGAGCUGGGAAAGUUCUCCAACGGCCUUACGGCCUGUUGCAUCUUGGUCAAACGAUCCCGGCACAUCAAAAGUCUGUAGAAGGGCCCGUGCUUUGUUAGUUAGUCACCACCAUCACCAUCGUAUUACGCUAAUUGUGUCUGUUUACCACUAAGUUGUAACGUCUUAUUUAACUAUUUAUUGCCUUUUUUCGUCAGUCUUGUGCUAAAUUCUGUGCUUUAUUAAGAGUGUAGUCAAACUUUGAUUGUAGGAUACUUUGGUUGAAGCGGUUAGUGAAAAAUUGUUAAACUUUUCUUUUUUCUAUUGUUUUUAUUUGAAACAAUCUUACCCCACUCGUUAUUUGCUGUUAGAGCUUCAACACCAAUUGACGACUGAAACUAUAAACUCCAACUUUGAAAUUGCUUUCCACCUAGUU